GUGGUCAGGUGCUUGGACUGUGUUCCCUCAGGAGUUCAGUUUCUCUGCGCAGGAUGUGACUCAAUUGUCCACAAAAAAAAUGUAUUUCAUGACAGAGAAGUCAUGAUUGACCAUUUUUAUAAACACAUUCCUCCCACAUCCUUAGUGAAGAUGGAUGAAAGCGGUCAUUGUGAACUGGUUGAACAAGUAUGUAUGCUGCCGAUUCUUCCACCAACACAAAUCUGCUCCUGUGGCCCAGACCAAGAGUAUACCAUCUCUCCAGGAAAGCAGACUGUCUUGGUGACUAUCAAUGGUCCAUACAAUCUUUGUCUGCCUGCUGUGUAUUGCCCACAUUGCUCCUGCAAGUGGACCCCAGGGAUCAGUGACCUGAUUAGUAGCCGAUACUGGCCAGCAACAGCAAGCUGCCAAAUGCUGUUCAAAUUUGAUGUCUUUGCAUCAUUUGAACAGAUGAAGUUGGCCAGCCCAGCUACGUCCCAAAAAGCAUUUAUAAGAAUGCUUGAACAUCGGGCACAUUGCACAGGACGGAAUGGCAGUAUAUGCGGUGAUACAUUCCACAGGGUGUAUCGUGAAUUUGCCUUCUGCAACUGGAAGAAAGAGCAUCUGUGUCAGGUUGAGCCCUUCAAGUGCCCUGCCUGCACACCAGACAUGCUUGCCAUAGCUGCAGAUGGUAACAGAAAGCAGUACUGCUUCAAGAAAUCCAAAGGGUUAGCAGACUAA